CUCCUGAACUCGGCACAUCAUCUGCCGCUAACACAACGAAGGAGAAGCGGAUUCUUGUCCUAUGAAAUGAGAGCAUGACAAGCAAACACAGCCAGCCACGAGCAACACCCUUAAACCAGUACACUUCUUUAUUAUUGCUCUGUAUACAAUCUCUGACAUGAUAGAAGCUCUACGGUCUAAAACAAUGACGAUCUAACCUGCUGACAAGUCGCUUGGUUGAGUCAUUUGAUGUCUCAUCGCUUAAUGGAUGCGUCCAUAUCAGUGAUGAGGACUUGCAGUAUGCGGCUGGUUCACUUUCACGCUGGUUGAACACUAAAAAAGUGAAUGUGGGACCCUCUGCGGCUCACUCUAAAGCGCCCGUCAUGGGGAACACGGCCACCAAGUUCCGUAAAGCACUUAUUAAUGGAGACGAAGGUUUGUCAUGGCAGCUCUAUGAGAGUAACCCCCAAUUUAAAGAGUCGCUUGACCCCAACGCAUCUUAUGGGGAGCCCUAUCAACACAACACAGCCCUGCACUACGCCUCGCGCCAUGCCAUGACACGCCUCGUCAGGUCUUUCCUUUUCUCCAAAGAUGGCAACCCCAACAAGUGCAACAUUCUCAAUGAAACGGCACUGCACCUGCUGUGCAUGGGCCCACAGAUCCUGCUGGGCGAGGGGGCGCUGCAGUUGCGGAUCAACCGUCCCCAGGAGGACGAACAGAAGCGGGCUGAGUGCCUCAAGAUGAUCCUGCUGUGGACCGGAGCCAAGCUGGACCGGGGCGAAUACGAGAGUGUCAACGUCAACGCCACGGAUAACAAAAAAUGCACCUGCCUGCAUUACGCAGCGGCCACUGGGAUGAUGAGUUGUGUUGAGCUGCUGCUAAAGAGCGAUGCAGAUUUAUUUGUGGAGAAUGACGACAGGGAAACGCCAUGUGACUCGGCAGAGAGACGGCAUCACAAGGAGCUGGCGCUCCGUCUGGAGUCUCAAAUGGUUUUCUCUCAGGAUGCUGGAGCCCAGGAUGUAGAAGCAGAGUAUGCGGCCCUUGACCAUCGAGAGCCAUAUGAGGGACUAAAACUGCAGGAUUUGCGGCGACUGAAAGACAUGUUGAUUGUGGAGACAGCGGAUAUGUUGCAGGCUCCGCUCUUCACGGCUGAGGCGCUGCUACGAGCUCAUGACUGGGACCGAGAGAAACUUCUGGAAGACUGGAUGUCUAAUGCAGAGGACUGUUGCCAGCGCUCAGGUGUUCAGAUGCCGACUCCACCUCCAAGUGGCUACAACGCCUGGGAUACACUGCCUUCACCUAAAAUUCCCAGAACAACCCGCUCGUCCGUCACGUCCCCUGAUGAGAUCAGCCUUUCUCCUGCUGACGACCUUGUUCUGUGUGGGAUUUGCAUGUGCACCAUAUCUGUGUUUGAGGACCCCGUUGACAUGUCGUGUGGGCACGAGUUCUGCAGGGCAUGCUGGGAAGGGUUUUUGAAUCUAAAGAUCCAUGAAGGAGAAGCACAUAACAUCUUCUGCCCUGCUUAUGACUGCUUCCAGCUGGUUCCCGUGGAGGUCAUUGAAAGCGUUGUCUCCAAAGAGAUGGAUAAACGCUAUCUGCAGUUUGACAUUAAGGCUUUUGUGGAUAAUAAUCCUGCCAUUCGCUGGUGCCCCGUGGCUAGAUGUGAAAGAGCCGUACGAUUGACUCGUCCCGGUCCUGGAGCUUCUGACUCGCUGAGCUUCUCCUUGCUCAAAGCCCCUGCUGUCGACUGUGGGAAAGGCCAUCUCUUCUGCUGGGAGUGUCUUGGUGAUGCUCAUGAACCCUGUGACUGUGAUACAUGGAAGAUGUGGCUGCAGAAGGUGUCUGAAAUGAGGCCAGAAGAAUUGGCUGGUGUGAGUGAAGCCUAUGAAGAUGCUGCCAACUGCUUGUGGUUACUCACCAACUCUAAGCCUUGUGCCAACUGCAAGUCCCCCAUCCAGAAAAACGAAGGCUGUAAUCACAUGCAGUGUGCAAAGUGCAAGUAUGAUUUCUGCUGGAUUUGUCUGGAGGAAUGGAAGAAACACAGCUCCUCUACUGGAGGAUAUUAUCGCUGCACGCGCUACGAAGUCAUCCAGCAGGUGGAGGAACAGACCAAGGAAAUGACUGUGGAGACAGAGAAAAAGCACAAGAGUUUUCAGGAACUCGACCGUUUCAUGCAUUACUACACAAGAUACAAGAACCACGAACACAGUUAUCAGUUAGAAGAACGGCUCCUUAAAACAGCCAAGGAGAAGAUGGAACAACUGAGCAAAGCUUUUAAUGGAAGGGAAGGAGCCCCACCUGACACCACCUUUAUUGAGGAUGGUGUUCACGAACUUCUGAAAACCCGACGCAUCCUUAAGUGCUCUUAUCCAUACAGCUUCUUCUUGGAGCCCAAAAGCACAAAAAAAGAAAUCUUUGAACUUAUGCAGACUGAUUUAGAGAUGGUCACUGAGGACCUUGCUCAGAAGGUGAACAGGCCUUACCUCCGCACUCCUCGCCAUAAGAUUAUCAGCGCUACGUAUUUGGUGCAGCAGAAGAGACGAGAGUUCUUGGCUUCUGUGGCUAGAGGUGUUGCUCCAAAUGAUUCUCCUGAAGCUCCACGCCGAAGUUUUGCUGGCGGGAGUUGGGACUGGGAGUAUCUGGGAUUUGCCUCACCCGAGAUGGUGAGGAAUCACCCAGUACAGGGAUGGAAUGCACAGCGUGAGGGCAAUUGCAAUGCAGGAGGCCAGCCACAGGAGUACUCGGAGUUCCAGUACAGACGGAGGCACAGACCGCGGCGUAGAGGAGAUCUGCUCAGACUGCACAGCCUCCGCAGUAACACCCCCGAACCCCAUGAACCCAAUGAUGCUUUAGAAAUGCACAACGGAGGCAGUUCACAAAGGCACGGAAUCUCUACGCAGGCCCUUGAGUCUUUCGAUGAGGAUGACCCCAAUAUUCUGUUGGCUAUUCAGCUGUCCCUGCAGGAGUCUGGGCUGGCCUUGGACUCUGCGCAUCAGGACAUACCCGGUAACGACGCCUCUGUUGGUGCCAUCGGUUCUUCUCUGCCCUCCAGACUUGAUUCUGCCCCACAUACUUUGGAUCCUCCCCAAGCUUCCAUGAGCAAUUCAGAUCUCCUAGAACUGGGAGACAGCCUUAUGAGACUGGGCAACAUUUCCAGCCAUUUUACACCCUUUAACACGAAUUCCUACCCCGAUGCCUUGGGUAACGCCUUCAUCCCCAAUGACCCAGACUGCCUGGAUCCUUCUACUGAUGCCAACCUGCUUGGCAACAUCAUGGCCUGGUUUCAUGAUAUGAACCCGCAGAGCAUUGCGCUGAUUCCUUCAGCCACCUCAAAUCCUGAGCCGCCCGGUUCUGGAGAGGGAUGCGAGCAACCUUCCAAACCCCAGGAGGAGGAGGAGGUUGAGUUGAGGAGGUCUGAGCAUUGUUCCCCACCUCUGACAAAAAAGAGCGCUGUGUUGACAGCACAGCUUUUAGAACUAGAAUGUGUGGAUGAUCCACAACCUCCUAAAGUAGAGCCAGACCCUGAGGAUUUAGACAGUAGAGUAGAUCUCAAUAACGCAAUUCCUGAUCCCCAGGAAAGCGACCUCUCCUCAGAGUGGGAGGAACAAGUGCACCUUGUGUGAGCAAUGAAUCCAAUGAUGUUUACCAUCUGAGUGCUCUUAUUGUGCCAAAACACUAAAUGAAAGCAAAACUGCUUCUGCAAAAGUAAAGGACGAACGUCUUGCGAUGGGGUUUGUGUCUGUAGCAUGCUCCACCAUCGCAUUUGGGGGAAGAAUAAUGAAAAUGUUGUUUAAAAUGAAAGUAAAUAUGAUGACCGUGCGAGAAAGUGAACGUUUGGAAAGUAUUAAGUCAGGCCAAGGUCCCUUUAGACAUCCCUCAAAAUCUUGCUUUUUGUAAUCUAAUGGAAAUUCAUAAAUCUUUUAAAGUUUGACGUUUUAUAGAGUGAAGAGAUGAAUUUAUAAAAUGAGUGUUUAAAACACUUACAGAAGAGAAUAUGUGAUUGGUGAGUUGAAUGAGAAUACAUCAGUCACGUUCUGGGCUCUUACAUUUACUGUGAAACAGUGUGUGAAGUCAAGCCACCAUUUUCUUAGUAGUGUGUUUUAUAUUUUAUCUUUAGACCUCAUAUUUAGCUGUGCCAAUUUGUGGAUCUUUUUAAAGGCACUCAUUUUGUUAAUCAUGCCAUAUUUAAUUUAAGUUAAUUGAUGCAAAUUGCACAACACAUUUCACGUGAGGAGUGUUUCGGAAGAUCUGAAUCACUACACUCUUAAAAAUAAAGGUGCUUCAAAAGGUUCUUCAAUGCCACAGAAGAACCUUUUUUGUCUAAAUGGUUCCAUAAAGAACCAUUAACAUCCGAAGAACCUUUGUUUCACAAAAGGUUCUUUGUGGUGAAAAAAGGUUCUUUAAAUUAUGAAAAGACAAGAAAGAGAUGGUCCUUUAAAAAAAAACUUUGACUGAAUGGUUCUUUGUGGAACCAAAAAUGGUUCUUCAAUGGCAUCGAUGUGCAGAACUUUAAACACCUAAUUUUACAGUAAGAGUAACACUUUUUACAACUGAAUUAACCUUGACUUUUUUACGUAACUUGAUGUGAAUUUACACUCCUGGAAAUGUGAUAGCAUUUAUGACCUUAUCUAUUGUGACUACUACAAACAAUACCUCUGAUAUCCUGUGUUGUAUAGUUCAUUGGGCUUCUGAUGUAUAGAUAUGCAUAAAAGCACUCCAAGGGUCUUCUAAUGAAAGACAGAGAUGUAACAAUGGUAAUGCUUAUGAUUUACUUUGUGCACCAAAAGUUUUUCUUUUUAUAUUAUCUUUGACAAUAAAGUACUCCUACACCA